AUUGACGUCGAGCCCGGAGCGGUGGCAGCCUCCUCGGCGACGUCGGCGCGCGCGGACUGCGCAGUGCUGCGGCGUGGAGUGCCGGGCCGAACGGAGAAGCGCCUGCAGCGCAGGCAAGCCCGCGGCGCGCACGGCCAUCUUUAAAUGCCGCGCGGCACACGUCAACGCAGCGACGUCCGCCGAGGAGCGACUUUCUCCUGCCGCGUCAGAGUCGCGAGAGCGAGACGCCGCGCGUUGAGGUUAUGUGCCGCUGGCGAGGAGCGAGCGUCCGCAGCUGGAGCCGCAGCUGAUCAACGCGGGUGCACUGGUGCGUGGCAGCGUGGAGCGGAAGCCGAGGAUGGGCUCGAGCGCGUACGCGACGAUGCCGGCGCUGCUGCUGAUGCUGGUGCUCGGCCUGGGCACGGCGGCGAGCGGCCAGCUGGGCAGCCAGCCCUGGUACGAGACCCUGCCGGCCGUCGCCAUGGACUACAAGGUGCACAUCGACCCGGGCAAGGAGGACUGCUACUUCCAGUACGUGAACCCCGGCGCCACGUUCUACGUGAGCUUCCAGGUGCUGCGAGGCGGCGACGGCAAGGCGGGCUUCGCAGUGAGAAAUCCAGCCGGGGAGAUCGUGCACCCGUAUCAGUGGAAGGCCAACGCCGACUACCAGGACCAGUCGGUGCAGGGCGGCUACUACAGCGUCUGCGUGGACAAUCAGUUCUCGCGAUUCGCUGGCAAAUUGGUCAAUUUGUACAUAACCGUUAUUAGGUACGACCAGUGGGAGAGGUUCGCCAAGGAAUUGGAGACGAUGAAUCUGUCGGUGGAGAAUGUGACGAACACCCUGGUCAACGUGGAAAAGAACAUCUACGAGGUGCUCCAGAUCCAGCACUUGAGCAGGAGCCGGGAGGACAGGGAUUACAAUUUGCUCCUCGACAAUAACUCGUACGUGCAGAACUGGUCGCUGCUGCAGGUGGUUGUCAUCAUCGCCACCACGAUACUGCAGGUCUUCUUCGUGCGCCGACUGUUCAACGUCAAGUCGGGAUACUCGCGCGCUCGGAUCUAAGCCGCCGCGCCAACCUCCUGCCUUGACCCAUUUCGAUCGGCUCGCAGCAGAGUGCGAUAAGGCUCGUUGAUUGAUCGUCGUCGAGAGGCUCUCGCGGCCCUCGCGGCCCUCGCGGCUGCCGGCGCGAGGGACUCCGGCCUGUCCCCCGCGAUUUUACUUUCUUUAAUACUUCAUUCCAGAUGUCUGUUUUCUUUCAUUUUUUUGCUUUUUACGUUAUAUCACUCAACCGACUGUAUUGUUUAUGAUGCAUUUAUCGCCAGAGACUCAGCCGCGAUUGUACAGUAUUUUUUCACGGACAACCAUGCAGACUGCGCGCUCCACUUCUUCCGUUUGCAAAGUCGAUCGAUCGAUCGGCGUUACUUAUAUCGUGGAGCAAUUAAGGGUUUUUCCUAAACAGCGCGACUAAUUAUAUUUAUACAAAAUGAAAGAUUCUAUCUAUAUAUCGAAUGGUUUACACUGUGUAAAUGUAUUUAUAUAUAUAAGAGGAGACAAAAUAAAUUUAC